AUAACGCUCACCAGGACUUCAUUUGUGCAUUUCCAGCUAAGAUGAGUUCAGCCUCCACGCCCAUCUCCCGGAUACGUCAGGGUUGGACGUCAUCCUCGCUGAAGAGCAAGGGUCAGUCCCCCGCAGCCUGCAGCACCCCGCUGCUGACAGCCUUCCCUGGCAACGAUGACGAACAGGAGCGUCGCCAGCGCAGGAGGUCGAGGGUCAUCGACCUUCAAACGGCCUCCGACUCAUCCUUCAAUGACUCUGCGUCUCACAGUGCUGUGGGGACUCCUGCCGCCGUGCCUAAGCUGUCAAACGCACAGAUCUCAGAGCAUUACUCCACCUGCAUAAAACUCUCCACUGAAAAUAAAAUCACCACAAAAAAUGCCUUCGGUCUGCAUCUGAUUGAUUACAUGGCUGACAUUCUCAAACAGAAGGAUUCAGAGCUCACCAACUUCAAGGUGGCAGCCGGCACUCUGGAUGCCAGUACAAAGAUCUAUGCCGUGAGGGUGGAUGCUGUUCAUGCUGACGCCUACAGGGUGCUGGGUGGUCUCGGGGCAGAGACCAAGCCUGGGGAGGACCAUGGCUCGAAAGGCGAUGGCGACGAUGAGGACGGUGCAGAAAGCGAGGCCACUGUCAAGCAGCCGAAGAAGAAGAGGCCUCCGAAGAAGACGGUGGAGCAAAACCUGAGCAACAUCAACAGUGCCGAGUCCGAGCGGAGAUGUGAGGUGGACCCCAUGUUUCAUCGCAUGGCCUCGUCCUUCGAUGAGAGCAGCACGGCCGGCGUCUUCCUGUCGGUUCUCUUCAGUGAGAACAGCCGCUGCGAGCUGCUGUUUCCCUCCCACCUGACUCUCCUGCAGUCCUCACCCUACUCUCCUCCACCUCCUCAGAGUCCCGCGUCGCCCUUCAUGGCUGGACUGCAGCGCUCUCAGGAGAAAAGCUCCGUCUGCCCCUCGCUGCAGGACUUCUCCUUCACCAGCUGGAACCCCGAGCAGACCAUCAACCAGCUCCUGGAGAAGAUGAAGCAGGGCGAGCACGUGUUUGAUGUGAACGCCGAGCCCGAGCCGGAGGAAGACGACUGCCCGGACUUCGACGCAGACUACGACGAGGGAGCCGGCGACUGCGAGGAGGGAGUGAAGGAGCACCGGGUCGGCUGCGAGCCGUCCGGCUCCGGCUCAGGGAGGGACGUGAUCCCCAUCGGAGAGGGAGACAUCGCCACCAUGUGUCUGCAGCUGUUCCAGCCCAGAGAAUACUCCUACUUCAGCCCCAAGACCAUGGCCACGUGGGCCGGACCCGGGUACUGGCAGUUCAAACCCAAGCACAAGCUGGAUCACAUGCCUGACAAAGAGCCGCGCAAGAGGAAGCCCAAGAAGGCCUUCGAAAUCGACUUCAGUGAGGACGUGAACUUUGAAACCUACUUCCGCACCACCAGGGCUGCCACCACCAACGUAAAGUCAGCGCUCACCACCAGCAAGAGGAGAACGACUCUUCCUGCAGACUUCCAGUACCCCGAGACGCUGUCCCAGCUCAGCGUGAAGCCCUCCGUCUCGCUGAAUCAAGAAGCCCAGAAGAGGCUGUCGGGGGAGCUCGGAGAAGGAAUCGGAGAUUAUGACUACAACAACGCCAACGACACGGCCAACUUCUGUCCAGGUCUUCAGGGUGGCGACAGCGACGACGAUGUGGAAGGGUUUGGGGGCUCGGACGACACGCAGCCUUCCGGCGAGAACUUACCGGGGCCGUCUCAAGACCUGGAGGGUGUGUCCACGUACGGGGAGGACGAUCUGGUCCCGGAACCUCACAGGGUCAACAAGAUCGAGAUAAAUUACGCAAAGACGGCAAAGAAAAUGGACAUGAAGAGGCUGAAAAACUCCAUGUGGACUCUGCUGACUGAAAGCCCAGAGAAGACUGUUGAGCUAACGGAGACUGCAGAGAAGGCAGAAGUGAGCGGGGAGAAAGUCUUCAGCGAGACCACAAAGACGCUCCUCCAGAGAUUGCCCAGCAGCAUGUCUCAGAACCUGUCGGUGCCUCUGGCCUUCGUCGCCCUGCUUCACCUCGCCAAUGAAAAGAAUCUGGAGCUGGUGAAGGUGGACGACAUGUCAGACAUCAUCAUCAGACAAGGCCACUGAGGAGAGCGGCGAGGAUCUGCAUCCCUCUGCUUCCUCCGCUCAUCACUUCUAAUGUCAUGUUACUUUCAUAACCCCCCCCCCCCUCCUUUUUUUUUUUUUUUUUUUUAUUCAACAUUUCCAACAUGUAAUGAGGAGCUCUUCGACAGUGGGACCUGCUUCUCUUCAUAAUUACAGUGCAGUCUCUGCCUUUUCUUGUUCAUUCUGUGCUAUCGGUGUGUCUUUUGUAGAUAUUUUUAAUUGCUCUAUACCGCACACAAAAAAAGUUUCCUGUCAAAAGAAAUAAAAUUCUUUUUUUUAAAAAGUUU